AUGGUUUAAGUCCCUCAUAAUCACUAUUUAUAUAAAUAUUUGGAAAAUAAAAAACUGAAAGAAUAACCUUUAUUGAUCGCUUUUGGAUCUUUAGAUGGUUAUUUCAGAAUUUUUGAUAUAAAUAAUAUGUGCCCUGUAUAUAUUUUUAAAGGAUAUUAUGGAGGAUUAAAUGCUAUUUCUUUCGAAAAUUAAAACGAUGAAAAAUUUGAAAAAAAUCCUCUUGUUUUAUUUUCAAUGUAAGACGAUUCCUACAUUUUAUUAAAUACUCAUACCAAUAAAUAUAUAAGAGGAAUAGGACAUUUUAGUUUUGUGUCUAGAGCUGUUUUCUCUAAUCCUAAUAAGGAUGUGAUUAGAGUUGUUACAGGUAGUUAUGAUGGAUGUAUUUCUAUUAAUGAUUUUUUAAGAAGUGAUAUUAUUUAGGAUAGCUAAAGUGAUUUUUAUUAAGAAGAUCUACCUGUGAUUGUAAAAUAAAACUAAUAAAAUGAUAUUACUGUCAAUAUAUAAAAUGUUCAAUAAGUCAAUAAUGAAGGGGUCGGAUAUUUAGAUGGGGUUGGUGAUUAUUUUAUUACUAGUUCGUUUGAUGGUUGUGCAACUCUUUAUAAAUUUAAAGAAAAAUUCGAAGAAGAGGAAAAUAAUAAUGAAACUUUAAAUUACGACACCUAGAGCAAAUAAAGUUAUUAAUAACAAAAUAAUGAAAGAUUUAAAACUUUAGAAAAAUGA